AGGGGGAGAUGGAAUCAAAAAGAGCGAGACGGGACCGAGAGAGAGCAAGAAAGCAUGAGAAGGAGAGCGAGACAGCCACAGAGUAUAAAACUGGGAUAGAUAGACUGUCUUCUUGUUGUGCCACUAGCCGAUUGAUUUGUUGGAGAGUGUCUUGUGGUGAGCUGGCGUGGGGUCCCGAGUCAGAGUCACCCCUCCCUCCGUACCCCAGCAGACUUCCUGAAGACUUGAAGAGAAAGAUAGAGAGACAGCAGCAGGAGACGGGCAGAGGCACGGGCAUCUCAAUCAUGUCUGUCUUAAUUGCCACCCAACAGAUCGAUACGGCUGUCUCUUCUAACAUGGAGCUGGUGGGAAGUAACCCACCGCAGAGGAACUGGAAGGGAAUAGCGAUUGCACUGCUUGUUAUUCUGGUCAUCUGCUCUCUGAUCGUCACCUCUGUCAUUCUGCUGACUCCAGGUGAGGACGAUAGCCUGGCCUUUAAGGGAAAAGUGACAGUGGAAGAAAUCUUCAAGAAAGACUUCAAAGUUCACGACCCUGAAGCUAAGUGGAUCAGCAGCAAUGAGCUUCUGUAUCGUACCCGUGAAGGUGAUGUGGUCCGCUUUAACAUGGAGACCAACGAAAGCACAAUCCUGGUGACAAACAGGAAGUUUGAAAUGUACAAAGCCAGCAAAUAUGAGGUGUCCCCAGAUAUGAAACUCGUUCUGCUGGCAUACAACGUGCAGCCGGUUUACGAGCACUCCUUCACUGCGGACUACAUCAUUUGCAGCCUGGAAACUCCGGAAACAUGGAUUCUGAACCCUCCAGAAGUGCGAAACGCUCACCUGCAGUAUGCAGGAUGGGGACCGCGAGGCCAGCAGCUGAUUUUUAUAUUUGAGAAUAACAUCUACUACCGGGCCACUGUGGAGAACAGAUCCAUCCGUCUUGUUUCUACUGGGAAAGAGGGUGUGAUUUUCAACGGCCUAAGCGACUGGCUUUAUGAAGCGGAGAUCUUUAAGUCCCACAUCGCACACUGGUGGUCUCCGGAUGGGGCCAGGCUGGCAUACGCAACCAUCAACGACACGCUGGUGCCCAAAAUGGAGAUCCCCAUGUUCACUGGCUCUGUCUACCCUACGGCGAGACAAUACCAUUACCCUAAGGCAGGGGAGGAAAACCCCGUCAUUUCUCUGUAUGUGGUGAAUCUCAAUGGCCCACUGCACACUAUUGAGAUGAGAAGACCAGAGGACCAAAGAAUAGGCGAAUACUAUGUGACUAUGGUGAAGUGGGCCACAAGUACCAAACUGGCUGUAAACUGGUUGAACCGAGCCCAGAAUAUCUCCAUCCUGACCCUCUGUGUGGCCACGACGGGUGUCUGCACCAAGAAACAUGAGGAUGAAAGUGAGGGGUGGCUGCACAGACAGAAUGAAGAGCCACUGUUCUCUAAAGACGGUCUGAAACUGUUCUUCACCAGAGCAAUCCCUCAGGGAGGACGAGGGAAGUUCUUCCACAUCUCCAUGUCUAUCUCACAGCCCAACAGCAGCACAGAUACUCUGCAGUCCAUCACAUCAGGAGACUGGGACGUCACGCAGGUUCUGGCAUAUGAUGAGGAAAGCCAGUUAAUAUAUUUCCUCAGUACUGAGGAUGACCCUAAAAGAAGACAUCUCUACAGCGCAGACACAGUGGGCACCUUCAACCGCCGCUGUCUGUCCUGUGAUUUUAUUGGCAACUGCGGGUAUGUCAGUGGCAUCUUCAGUCCCAGCAUGGACUACUUCCUGCUCGACUGUAAAGGGCCUGAAGUUCCAUAUGUGGCAGUUUACAGCACCUACGACAGACAGAAGGUGCGUGACAUCGAGUUGAACCUGAACUUGAAUAGAACGGUGAACUCGCUGCAGAUGCCGAGAGUGGAAUACAGGGAGAUAAACAUAGAGGAUUACAGUCUCAGCAUGCAGAUCCUGAAACCUGCAGGCUUCAUAGACACCUCACACUACCCACUUCUGCUCCUCAUAGAUGGGACUCCAGGCAGUCAGUCGGUCUCAGAGCAAUUCCACGUUGACUGGGCAUCAGUGCUAGUCAGCAGUUUUGGGGUGGUUGCAGUGCGUUUUGACGGUCGUGGAAGUGGCUUCCAGGGGACUAACUUACUCCAUAAGGUGCAGCGCAGGCUGGGAAUGUUCGAGGAGAAAGACCAGCUGGAUGUCCUCAGUGUUAUGAUGCAGGAGCCAUACAUUGACAAGACUAGAAUUGGAGCUUUUGGGCAGGUGUAUGGAGGUUACAUCACCAGCCUUCUGCUCAGCUCUGAGGACUCCAUGCUCAAGUGUGCUGCAGUGCUCUCACCCAUCACAGACUUUGCACUAUAUGCUUCAGCUUUCUCAGAGAGAUAUCUGGGCCCUCCCAAGCCCGAUAGGAGAGCAUACGAGAUGGCCAACCUUGCAUACAGAGCGUCCCAGUUCAUCGAUAAGAAGUUUUUAAUCAUUCAUCCAACAGCAGAUGAAAAAGUUCAUUUUCAACACACAGCCAAAUUCAUCUCAAGGCUAAUCAGCGAGAGAGCAAAUUACACUCUGCAGAUCUACCCAGACGAAGGACACUUCUUCACAACGAGGGAACGCGGCAAGCACCUCAGUCAAUCGCUGGUCAACUUCUUCGAAGAGUGUUUCCGGCUCCCGGACCAAGUGUUCGAGGAGGCGCUAGAGGAGGAAAGCGAAGAGGAGGGUUAGUCCACCCGUUCCAUGAUGUCCAAGCACAAAGCCAGCUCCUUUUGCCACAUAAUAUGCAACCCAUAAAUUCGAACCCUCCAGUUUUCAGUUCCCUCCCAGUGUAGCAUGCCGACUCUGAGACCGCCCUGCCUCGUGUUCCUGCCUCAGCUCCCCUUCAGGUGCUCCUCACUAUCCAUCAACCCUCGACAGACCGCGGCCGUGCGGCGCGGCGUGGCAUCUGGCUGGCGCCACAUCGUCUCGCUCUCCCUGGCAGGCCAGUUAUGAGCUUCUGAAGGUGUUGGGAGUCUCUGGUCUGUCCAUCAUGUUGACAGAUGAGACGCUGGGAUAUUAAAUGACUUCCAAGCACGUUGGCCUUUGAAUCCCAGAGAGCUGUGCAAACAGCAAGACUUGAGGGGUCAUUCAGUGUUUGAUUCAAAUAGAUAUUUGGUGUUUUGGGCAAAAGGGGGUUGUUGUAGGGAGAACGUUUCAUUUGUGGUUCAAAAGAUCUUCUCAUGUCCAAUUGUGCUCAUGUCUGGUGUUGCAGUGUAAAGUCGCACAUGAAAUACAUUCACUUGGAUAUCGAUAAAACUUGUUUUCAGUGUUCAAGCGUGUCCGAGUCUUGGAAAUCUUGUAGCCUCAAGUGUGUAUUUAGAUGGUGUUUAUUCAUUGCAGAAACUUCAUCAAGCAGAAGGGGAGCAAAAACGAUUCUCAUUAAUCUCACAGACCGUGACAGUUGUACGAGACUGUUGAUCCCACUUCUCAGCGUGUGUUUCCUUGAAGUGAUGGUCUGACAGUGCUGGAGAAAGCACUCUAUGUUGAUUUAGUCACUGUGCCUUAUUACGGGGGCGAACAAUCCUGUUCCAAGAGCCUCCUUGUGAAUAUCACCAGUCAUUCAAGGCUUACGUUUGAUUGACUAAAAUCUUGUAUCUAAAACGCUCGCAUCACGAAAUCCAUUAUCGACUGUACGAUAACUGUUAUUUUUAUUUGCGCACGUGUGAGCCAGUGUUGUUUUACCGUCAACAAAACGAACUCGCUCGCAUCCCGCUAAUAGCGGUUUUCCAUCCACUUUAAGAAUCGAGUAAUGGAGCAUGAAAUUAAAAUGUAUGAUUUCAACAUUACCUCAGUAUUAAACUAAAGCCCCUCUGAGGGUUUACAGACACUUUGUAGAACAUUUGUUAAUUCAUGGCCAAAACAAAUCUGUACAUAAAAAGUAUAUUAAGUAGGGUAGGAAACACUUUUGUGUUAAAGGGAUGGUUCGCUCAAAAAUGAACAAUUCUGACAUUGACUCGACCCUCGUGUUGUUCCAAACCUGUAUGACUUUCUUUCUUCAGUGAUGUUUAGCAGAAUGCUCAUGCUGUCCUUUCAGUGUUUCAUAGAGCAGGUCAUACAGGUUUGCAGUAAGGGUUGAGUAAAUGACAGAAUAUCCGUCCCUUUAACGCUCAUGAAUUACAGUAUUGUGCAAAUGUUUCACAUCACAGCAGUAGCCAACUCGCUUUCGUUGGCAUUUAUAUUAUUUAAGUCACGUAUGGUAUGUUUAUAUGUUUUGCACAGUACUGUAUACGAACAGUUAUCGGUUGUAACUUUUGCCUAUAAAAGCUCUUGAGGAUGAACUGUUUUAUUUUGUGUGGAUGAAAUGUUCAUGUUUAAUCUUGAUGCAUUCAUAAUGCAUGUCGAAAAACCAUUUGCAACUCAAAAGCUAUUUUUUAAAAAUGGUCAAAUAUCUGCAUAGUAUUUUUGACGGCUUGAAUGUUCCAAUUUGCAUUUCAUUUCCGGUAGUUUUGUGAGUGAGAUCUCAGUCUUGUCUGCUUGAUGUAUAAAUGUUACUCCAAUAUCAUUUAAGUCUCUGAAUAUCUGAGUGUUUCUUGUACAUAAAGCAUUUGAAGGUAUUUUGUUCUCCUGUGUCGAACAGAGCGGCGGAGGUCACGGUUACUAUGAACUGAAAUGGGCAAGUGAAAAAAGUCACAUGGGACCAAGGAGUAUGAUGGGAUUGCUGUUUACUGACUCAGCAAGAACAGUCAUAUUGUGGCACCUCUCUGAAUACAAACUAUUUUAUCAUCACCUUUGUUAUGAUUUGUUUUCCUCACUUGGAGAAAAGAGGAUGAAUACGUAAGUAACCAAAAUAAACUGAAAGCCUUCAA